AGUAUAUGAAGUGGGCACUCAUGAACGCAUAUGAAGCGGCCUCAUGAACGCAUAUGAAGCAGCACUAAUGAACGGACGCUCCUCGUUCGCCGCGCGGGCAUCUCGUCGUCCCAAUCCCCGGCGGCUCGGUCGCUCAUGCCCAGGACCGCCGAACAGGCUUGUGCCACUCCCGCACAACAAUCACCGUCGCUCAUUGUCUGCCGGCCAUCUCGCUCGGCCAGCUGCUACUCUUUGCUCCCGCAUCCGGUCUCGCCGCCCUCGGACCGCUCCUUCCCUCAACCAUGGGCUCCAAGCGCAAGCUGCCCAUCACCGUCUCGAAACAGCGAGUCCGAUCCAACCCCGAGGCCACCCAGGCUCUCAUCGCCACCUAUCACACCCUCAACAAGCAGCUCACCCAACAUCUGUCCCAGAACAACCAUGAGGCCGCCAAAGAGGCCAAGCGCAAGAUGGACGAGCUCGGCGGCCUGGAUGCCUAUCAGCGGGCCUCGCUCAAGGGCGGCGACGAACGCAAAGGCCGCGGAGCGAGCGGCCGAUGGAUCACUGACCAGCUGAGAGCCGAACACCAGCGCAUCGAGGCCACGCUGCCCACACAAAACCCCAAGAUCAAGCUCAAGCUGCUGGAUGUCGGCGCAACCUCGGGCGAGACAUACAAGCGCCUGUUUGCCUGGGUGGAUGUCACGGCUAUCGAUCUGAAUCCGCAGUGCUUGCUGGUGAAGAGGCAGGAUUACUUUGAGCGGCCAUUUCCAGAGACAGACGACGAAAAGUUCCAUGUUGUUUGCAUGUCCUUGGUCAUCAACUUUGUCGGCGAUGUCGCCAAGCGAGGCGAGAUGCUGGUGCGCACACUGCCCUUCCUCUAUCCCGAGGGCCUGUUCUACAUUGUGAUCCCGCUCCCGUGCGUCACAAACUCCCGCUACAUGACGCACGAUCAUUUCGUCGGCCUGAUGGGCCAGAUCGGCUUCGAUCUCAUCGAGUUCCACCAUGCCACCAAGGUCGCCUACUAUCUUUUCCGCAAGUCGGCCGACUCGGACUCGGUUGAUCCAAGCGGCGUGGCUUUGAAGAAAGUCGAGAUCAAUCCAGGACCGGGGCGCAACAACUUUGCCAUCGUCAUCCAGCCACAGCCACAACCAGCAGCCCCAAAGUCGGUCGACUCGUCUCGAUCAAAGCCCCGAGAUCGCGGACGGCAUUCGGCAGCGCCUCUGCCGAACCAUAAGUCGCCAAAGACCCCGCCUGCAUCCAUCUCGAAAUCCUCCGGAAAACCAAAGACGUCGAAAACAACGGCAUCCAGGCCGGCCGUGCCCCCAGGACAAGCGUCAAAGACCAAGUCUAAGCGAGCAUCGCCGAAGCCACUCCAGGACCAACGGCUGGUCAAGAGUGGCCGCAUCGCAAAGCCAGCGAGUCGAAGGUGACGGGUGCCGGAGCUGACCUGGUUAUAUUGAACACAGCAAAUACAUCGACGACGGCGGCUGACCGCCAGAGCACGGCCUGCU